AGGACCUCUUUGAUGAUGACACCAUGACACAGUACAUUUACCACUGUAAUGCCCAGAACCCCAGUGGGGAGGUGGGUUUCAGGGCCCUGUCGGAGUCUCUGGGCUGGGCACGGAGGCCCAUGCUGGGGAGGGUGUCUCUGCUGGCCCCCUCCCUGCCCGUGACCCUGCUGUACGGGGGCCGGUCCUGGGUGGACAGCAGCACGGGGGCCCGCGUGGCAGAGCUCCGGCCCCCGGGGACCACCCGCGUCCUGGUUAUAGAGGGGGCGUCUCACCAUGUCUACGCCGAUCAGCCUGGGGAGUUCAACGCAGUGGUGGAGAAAAUAUGUGAUGGUGUGGACUGACUGUGUGUGUGUGUGUGUGUGUGUGUGUGUGUGUGUGUGAGAGUGAGUGUGUGAGUGUGUGAGUGUGUGAGUGUGUGAGUGUGUGAGUGUGUGAGUGUGUGAGUGAGUGAGUGAGUGUGUUAGUGUGUGAGAGAGAGACUUUGUGUGUGUGUGUGUGUGUGUGUGAGUGUGUGCGCGUGUGUGUGUGUGUGUAAGAGCAUCACACGUAUUUAAGAGCCACAUAUUUCUCAUGUUUAUAAUAAAAUUAUCAAUAAAAUGCUGCUCAAAUCCACCUGAAUACAAGCCCGUUUUGUGCUGUUGGGAUAGAACAUCCUCACUGGAGGAAGGGUGAUUUGUGCUGUUGCUCUCUCACUCUGGGAGAAACCAGAGGAAGGAAACUGGAGUAUCCGGAGUAAACCCACCGCCAACAUGCACAGAGGAUCUGGCCGGGACUCAAACCCAGAACCUCCUGCUUCCAAGGCAAGCCCCCCCCCCCCCCGUGUGUGCCCGUGCUCCUACAAUUUGCUGCAGUUCCUCUCAGAGUCACUAGAGGGCAGUACAGUGUUUCGCAAAACUUCCAUGGGGGAUUUUAAAUGAAAGUUGAAAUCCAGUGAAUUAAAUGUCCAGAAUUAAAAUUGAAAUUUCCCAUUCAGAAAAUAAAUACAUUUCAAAUCAUUUUUUUAUAUUUCUAAAUGUGUAAAAAUGGGCCAUAUUUUCAUGUAAUGUAUGUGAAAUGUUUAAUAAAUAUAUUUUCAGUGCA